CGCCGGCGUCGACAUCUGUCAAAAUCACUCGCUCAAGGUCAGGCCUUGUUGUUUUCAUAACAACAGGCGAAGGAAAAAAGUGAACUCGUCAUCCCGUCAUCCCCGUGUAGUAGUGAUAAGGGGGUUUUGGUGCAAAUUCGAUGAAAACUCCCUUUUUUGUAUGCGCUUUUCUUGGCCACGGUACAAACUAACCCGUACCGCUCGCGGGUAGUGACAGUUCUUCGAUCUGGUGUGAGCUAUGGUCCGUUACUGUUCGACGGAUGCGUAGAGAGGAAGCCGGAGAUCGCACACGCUUACGGCUGUUUCCAUUGUGAUUACGCGCCGUGAAUAACUGAACCGAAACGUGGUGUACGAUGCGUUUCACUACCGUUGCCUUUUCGCUGAUCGUUUUUAUCGUGGUGUUUUCGAUCUUUGUUGCAAACCUUGCGAAUUUGAUCGGCAUCGACAAGCAGCUAAGUAACCGGCUCGAUGCCGCCUCGCACGAUGGACAGCUGCGACACUCCAAGCAGCUAAAGUUGGACGAUCAGCACAACCAUUUGAUGUGGUUCUUGCAGGUUUCCGAUAUACAUAUAAGCAUGUACCUGGAUCCGGCCCGUGUGCCACAGCUGAUCGAGUUCUGCAACCGUACGGUCGACAUAAUCGCACCGUCCGUAGUGCUGGCGUCCGGCGAUCUUACGGACGCCAAAACGUCCAACUUUCUUGGUUCCCAGCAGCACGAACAGGAAUGGCGCUGGUACCACGAAGUGCUGCGUGACACGAACGUGUUGAACAAAACGGUUUGGCUGGACAUCAGGGGCAAUCAUGACAACUUUAAUGUGCCCGCGUUGCAAGCACGCCAGGAUCUGUUCACGAACUAUUCGGCACAAGGCAAACGUCAUACCCGUUCCUACAUGCAGCAGCUGGAGGCCGGUGGCGAACGGUACGCAUUCAUUGCGGUUGACGCCUGUUUGGAUCCGGGACCGAAACGACCGUUCAAUUUCGUCGGAAUGCUGUCCCGGAAUGAGACGCAACAUUUGAUCAAUCUUGCCGAGCGAUCGCGCGAGCUGGAAACGAACUACACCAUUUGGUUCGGGCACUAUCCCACGUCGUGCAUCCUCACGCCGGGUUUGGGUACGGGCGGCAUCCGCAACCUGAUUGGACGCUACCGGGAAGCUUACGCGUACCUGUCCGGUCACUUUCACACGCUCGGGGGAGCAGUGCCACGAAUGUAUACGCUGCAGGAGGAGGGCUUUCUCGAGCUGGAGCUUGGCGACUGGAUGCGCAACCGGCGCUAUCGUUUGGCGGCGUUCGAUCAUGGCCUGUUCUCGUUCGUCGACGUUCACCACAACCAGUGGCCGGUGGUGCUGGUAACCAACCCGAAGGACGCUUUGUUUAACAUUCCGGGCAAGGAAGAUCUGCAGUCGAUCAGGGAUUCUACCCACAUACGGAUGCUUAUCUUCUCGCCGGCCAAGAUUGUGGAGUGUCAGGCCAAAAUUGAUGGGGCCGGUUGGCAGGAUUGUAAACGCGCCAGCCAUCAACUGUUCGUGGUGCCCUGGGAACCGGCCCGCUACAAGCGGGGAUUGCACAAGCUGCUGAUCUACGUGCUGGACGCGGACGGACGGAGCCGUGUGGUGGAGCAACAGUUCACGCUGGACGGAUCCCGGUUGCAGUUUGAUUUCCUCGCGAAGCUGGUGCUGAUGUACGACACGAACAAAGUUUUCCAAGCGUUCUUCAGCGUGGCGCUGAUCAUUUAUCUGGUACCGUUGUGUGUGUUCCGAAUAUGGCAUACAUUGGUGCGAAGAGGCAGUUUGACAAGGCCCCGACUCCGGACAUUAUGCUGCGGAGGUUGGAUUCGCAAGAUGUGGAUACUAUCGACCGUGGAUCGUUUAAUGUUUCCGAUCGUCGGAUACUGUCUGUACCUAACCUGCGGCCCGUGGUCCAUCGGCGAGGUGAUCGAUGGCCACAUGGGAGUGGUGUUUGUGUGGGGUAUUUUUGUGAAUAAUGCUUUUCUGCCGGGCACGCUCACGUAUCUGUACGGGUUCUUUCAACUGAUGCUCUGCCAGCUGCCGCUCACCAUCAUAUUUGCCAACAAUGUUGUGCGACGCUUUUACCGUCGUUCCGGAGAUAAGAGUUAUGGCUGGCUGAUGGCGUUAUGGAAAAAUUCUGCAUUUAUUCUUAUUAUGACCGUGGAGGUAUUACUGGCGGCAAUAUUUUGGAACUCGUACGGACUGCUGGCGUUCAUCAUUACACCGCUCCGUGCGUGGUCGAUAGUGUUGAAUCUGAUCCUGUGGUACCAAUCGCGCUACAUUCCGGAAAAAUGUUUACGUUCCGCAUCGGCUGUUUGGUCGUCUACGGAACCCAAACUUUCAUCCCUAGCCCACUAAACGGACCAGACGACUGACUGUUCCAAUGCAUAGCGAAUGGUAUUACCAUUUGCAUAGUUGUGUGUGUGUGUGGGUGUGUUUCAAACUUUGUCAAAUCCCGACUGGACUGCACGUUGCCUUCUCUUGUCUGAAGCUGUAUUCAGCUGGAACCAUGUUUGUGCUACAUGUCGUUUGGACAAAUUUAGAACAACCCUAUUCUACGGGUGACCUGCACCGAGUAUGAUUAGCGGUAGUUGAGGGCGCAUAGUUUUCAUACCCUUUCCUUCACACUAGUCAUCUUUGCAAUGAAGAAACAAUCAAAUUAGAAGAAGAAGAGCAGCACAGGGAAAACCCUGUCCGAUGAACACAUAACGAUUAUCAUACAACCUACUAUCAAUGUGCAAACUUUAACCCGCAAUACCGCGCACGCCGGGUAUCACGGUAAUGAAAAUCGAAACUAACCAUUAUAAACAACCACCGUCACAUUACCAAAAAAAAGUAACAAAAACUGUAGGUUAAAAUGAAAAAAAUGUAUUGCAAUUUUUUAAAAGCAAUAUUCUAAUUGCUAUUUAGCGUGUGUAAAGGAUGUUGUAGCAUAGUAAAUGUUUAGAAAUGGUAGCCAAAUGGUCGUUUGGCAGGCCAAUGCUAGUGAAAGCGUAGUUGAUGUAGCAACUGUAGACAAGUAUUAAUAUGUGACUGGUGUUUUUCGUGUGUGGUGUAAAACUAAUCCUUUUUGUUGGCCGUUUUGUUACUACAAAUAUACUGUACACUGUUAUGUGAGAGUCUAAUAAAAUGUGUCAAUCCAAUCAAA